CUCGCGACAAGAAACAACUCGCAAUAAAACCUCCUUCGUCAAUAAUAAAAAAAUAAAAAAAAUAAACUGUCACCGUCCAAAUUCCCGCGCGAAUUGUGUUCGAAAUUCAAACGUGUCAAACCCCGUGCCUCAAAUUUUGUGCAGUGUUAACGUUAAUUACGUGAUUCAUGCUGACCCGUUUCGUCUCAAUUUACCUUAACAACUUCCAGAGUUUAAAAAAAUGCAAAAUUUGCAACACGUCGCGUCAUAGCAAAUUGUGUGGGUGACUCAGAGCGGAGACCGCGCAGCCGCGGAACAGACAUCGACGAUUUUCCCGACAUUUCCGAACGUUAGAAAUCUGCCGCGUAAACGAAACGAAAUUCUUUUUUUUUUCGAAAAUUUUGACGUGUGUCUUGUGCCUUAGUUUGUGUUAGAGUGAGAUGGUGUCGUGAGUCUGUGUGUGUUUAUAAUGGAAAGAAACGGCGAUACGAGGCGGGUUCAAUGGGCUUCUGAACUGCACUCGGAGUACCGCAGCACGUACAGAUGGCACGAGUACAAAGAACAACAGAACCAGCAGCAAGGGGUAGUCAAGCAGCCGGCCCCUACGCCGCCCUCCGCACUGCCUAUCGCUAGAGGAGCAAUCGAGCCCGCGUUACCACGUCGGAAGAAAUACCCCGGUGUCGCGUAUAAGACGAAUGAGCUGUUCGACCCAGCACCCUCGGAUGACAUCAGGCCACAGACCCUGGAUAGAGCCCGGAGCGCUCAAAGAAAUGAGACAGACCGCGCUGGACGGCGCAGCAAGUCUGAAGGUCCUCGCCAGCCACGAUGGACUGACACUGUUGAACCGAAGGCGACCACAGCCCUAGGCGAAGUCCUAGCAGCGAAGGAGCCCGACCCGGUGAGCACAGAGUACCGCAACCAGUUCGCAUGGCCGAAGGACACCACGGACGCGCCCAGAAAGAGCAUCUCCAUGGGCGCGCUGAAGAAGGCUGCGGCUGCUGAAGGUUCUGUAGAAGCUGAACCUCUCAUGAACCAUGUGGACGGUGAAGAGGACCACAAGAGAUAUAUAGAAGAUUAUCUCUGGAAUGGACAGAAACCGGGUGUACAGAGAAAAUCGACGUUCCGUAGCGCGCUAUCGGCCCUCAUAUACAACGGGGAGGAUCGUUCCAAAGAUAAUAGGAAACGUUACAAAAGCGAGUACAAAAAGAAAUUUAGACCGUUCUCUCAAUACGUGUACGAGGCGUCUAAAGGGACAUUUACGAAAUGCAGGGGGAAAGGGAAGUCGAAUGAGGAGGCGAGCGAGAGGUUGGUGGGCGAGGGGGAGGUGGGGGGAGGCGGGGGCGGGGCGAGCGGGGCGGGCGGCGCGGCCGAGGACAGCGCCAGCACGCUGCGCGCCGCCGGCCUGCAGCCGCUCGGCCUCGCGCAGGGCGACUCGUGGUACCGCGAGGUGCUCGACCUGCGCAAGCGCGCCGGCGAAUACAAGUACCGCGGCUGGGGGACCGAGCUGGCUCCGGACCACAUCACUCAGCUUUACAAUAAGCAAAUCGAGCUCUGGUACCAAGUGUCGCGCCGGUCCUCGCUGUCGGCUCUGUCGCUCGCUUCCACCAAUCACAAGGCGCUGCCUCGUGACGAAAAAGAUGGGAAGGAGUCGAAGAGCCAUUCCCCGAAGAAGUUCAGGUCGUUCCGCUCGGCACCGCACCAGUCCAUCCACGCCAAGCUGCAGGAGACCAAAGCUUUAGAGCGGUCUCCUCACAAGACCUCGCCGCAGAAGCAGAGGAAGAAGCUCCAGGGCCACAGUUUCGAUGAAGGUGCUGCCCAAGAAGGCGCUAAAGAGGGCGCGUUCCGCUCUCCGCGCCGCCGGCCGCGCUCGGCGGACCCCGCGCCCGCGCCCGCGCGCCACCCCCCCAACGGACACGCCGACGCGCGACCCGUUAAGCCCACGGGUUUGCCGUUAAGUAGGGGCAGUAGUAAUAGGGUUAGGUCAUCGUCAAGGGGGGGCAGGUCACCGUCCGCGCCUCCCAAAACUGGGCCAGGGGCAAAUGGGCCAGUUGAAGUGAAUGGGACGAUAGAGCGGGGCAAACGCAGCCGCAGUACUUCAAAAGUGGGCAUAAAAUUGGACGACGAGAUCCCCUCCCACCGCAGCGCGUCCGUAGCCAAGGACCAACUGUUCGACGACUCGCCCGUGGUGAAGUCCCCCCCCGAGCCCACGCGCGUCAAGUCGCCCGAGCAGAUGAACAUGCGCUCGCCCGACCCCGUCAACUGGACCGUUCCACUCGACACCGGCAAGACGUUCACCGUCACGCAGAACGUCAAAAGCGAUGAGAGCGUAAAGCGCCCUAGCGCAGAGUUUAAGGGUGGGUCGGUGGCCGAGGACGCAGCGAAGCCGGCAGAAAUCGCCCCAAUCCAUCACCAGCAAAUGUCGCCAAUACGUUCGCUGAAAAAGAGCGAGUCGCCGACAAGUUUGAGCAAACGCGUUGACAAAACCCCGACGACGCCCACUAGUCUCACUCCCAUCGAUGAGACCAAAGCUCUCGAUCUGAACAAAGUGAACGGCAUUAACGGAGUCAACAGCAACCAGCUGACUCCCGAAACUCCGGAGAAGGAGACAAUUAAGGAAAAGGAAGUGAUUAAAAAGUCGACUGAGGCCACACAAGUCGCGCCCGGAGUCGUCGACACAACACUAGUGAACGACAACACUAGCACCGGAGGUCUAACAGCCGCCGAAGUGCUCGACCGAGCCCGGUCUAGGUUCGACAAGUUCUGGGGCAAAAAAGAAGAUGACGUUUAAUCUGACAGAUCAGCCAUUUUCGUUCAUUAUCUUAUGACAUUCGCUUGGGAAAUGUCAAUUUUCGAAUAGACAUUCUGUUUCUUUCGCGGUAACUCGAUUCCAAUAAGAGUGAACGAGACAGCAUGUAUGUUCGAUAGGGUGAGGUCACACAACAUCGCAUUUAAUACAAUAAUGGGCUAAUUAUCCUAUGGUUAUAAAUCGCGAUUUGCAAACAAACGUAGGAUUAUGUAUUUGAUAGCUUCGCUUCGGUAACGACGAUUAUUAUAUGUAUAUUUAUUAUUUAUUGUAUAAUAACGAUCACUGUCUAUAAAAUAGGAGUGUGGUGGCUUGUGAUAGUAGAUAUGAUCUGGUCGAAGUAGAAUUAUAGUGUGAUUUAUAAAAUUAUCGUAUGUAUUGAGUAUAAUAUGACUCUAAGCAGGACAACAAUACGGUUGGACCCCUAUAGCAUUUAACAAUAAAUAUUAAUAUAAUUACAAUAAGUUCCAAUUUCGAUUGUUUCAUCUUCAAUUGUUAUUUUGUACCUACAUAAUUAAGUACUUUAUUUUAAUGUUUAAUUAACUUAAAGAAAAUUACUACUACUACUACGGAAAUAACUACGUAUCAAGAAUUAUUCAAGAACGAUAAAGGUGUCAUAUUAUUAUUUUUUUUUUUUUUGUCACAUGCUUUCCUUUUCAAUGCUGGCAACAAAUAAACAACGUAACAUUGUACUUUUUUUGUAACAACCUUUCCGUCCAUAGGAAAUUUUUCUUUUUUUUUUGUUUAAUAAUGCAAAGGAAAAUAAUUUCUUAUCUUAAAAUGAAAAUAACAACCUACAUUUGCUAAACGAAUCAAAAAUAAAACAUAAUGAUAAAAUCUUUCAUAAGAAGGUGGUUUGGGAGAAAUUCAAAUAUCACGCAAAUUGCAACAAUUUCGUUUUUAACUACUUACUUUUUUUUAAAAAGCAACCGGUAACAAAAAUAAUUAUGGUUAAUAAUAUCACAAUAAAUUAAAAUUUAAAAAGUAGAACUAUUUAAUAACUUCCAAUAAUGUAGUACUUAUUCGUUAAUUUUUUGAUAUAUAAAGUUAACAAGGGCUAUGUAUACUUUCUAUAUGCAUUUGCUAGCCGUCCAAAGUAGUAUUUUUUGCGAAAUAAAACCAAAAUAAUAUAUUUUGUCAAUGAAUUAUUUCUACAGCUUUGUAUCAAAACGACUUAUAAAAAAAACAUAUAUUUUAUAAUAAUCUACAUUAGUCUUCUUCUAUAUAAUCUAUGGUCUGUGGAAGCAUUAAAUUGGCGGGAAUAUUGAUAGCAUAAUCUAUAUUAAGUAAUAACGUUAACUUUGAUUUUGCGAUUUGCGAUUUAGUAGUAAUUUAUUGAAAGUAUUAUAAUAAAAUACAUUUAAGCUUAAAUUAUGGAAUUAUCUCCACAGUCUUGUCGAAUUUGCUUAUCCGUUUCGGAAUUUAAUGUAUCUCUUUUCAGUAAAUACAGUAAAAGGUGCAAUAUGAUUGAUAAAAUAUUGGUGUGCUUAAAAAUUGUUAUUGAAGAAACUGAUUACUUGAGUACAAUAUGUUAUAAAUGUGCAAAUAACGUUGACAAUUUUUACGAUUUUAUUAUGGACGUUAAAAAAUCUCAAAAUUUAUAUGAUAAACAAGAAAAUGAAUCACGGCGUAAUAUCAACGGUGUAAAUCACUCGAUAAACCGUCACGUCACUUCUUACGUGCGGGAGCAAGUUAUCGAUGCAGAUUAUACGUUUUCCUUUCUCGAAAUGUCCCACAAUGAGGACAGAAAGGAGAAUAAACAGUCGAGUCCACUGUUCUCUUAUUUUUCACCGCCAAAUGUUCUCAUAAAACAGUCGAAUGAACCGAAAUGGAAAACUCCGCGGAUACGAUUGGAAAAUAUAAGUAAGGAGGAAGAUAAGAGAGACGUUUAUUUCAAAAGAAAAUUGGAUAAACCAAAACAUUUGUCCGGUGAUAUAUUCGAAUCUCAAUCAGAUCUCGAGGAGACGGACUUUAAACGGCCUGAAUGGAAACUAACUCCCGAUGAAAAUCUCAUUAAAAGGGUGAGGGAAAAAUGUUUCGGACGAUCUGAUUUUUAACACAAUUUAGACGUAAACUCAUUCAAAUGUACGAUUGCAGUUACAAUUAUUACAAUUUACUAAUUUAUUUGUUUAUCGAGUGUGUUAAUUUAUGGAAUUCCGUAGAAACAGGGUAAAGUUAGAAUUGAUUUAAGAAUUUUCCAGUAGAUAUAUACAAUGUUUAGGAGCCUGUUAUUUCUUCGAUAGUAUACUUAAUAUAAAUGGACGAAUAUUUGAGUUUAAUUUUCAUGUCUUGUUACAAUAAUUUAAAAUCUUACAAAAUGCUACUGCAACUUUGAUGUAAUUUUAUCUUAUUGCUGUGUAAAGAAAUGUAGGUACCCUUUAUUUUUCCUUUCAUUACUUAUUGUAUCCAAUUAUAUAAGGGAUUUGUUAAUACGUGUUACGAAUAUUUGUCAUUCAAUAUUUCAAUGUUAUAUUGUUACUAAACCUUUGUUUCAAUUAAAUGUCAUGUUUAAAUCUGAUACUAAGCAUAUAUUAUUGUUUUUUUGCGCACAAAAUUUUUUUCAACCUGCCCUAUUGUUCGUAUGUUACUAUUUACUCCAUAGAAUUUUGAAGAAAUAGCUUUGCUACGGAUUUAAGCGUUUGAUUUUUGUUGUUAUUAUACAUCAAAAUGGACACCUCAAUAAAAUUUUAAAAUAUA